GAGCCGGGCCGGGCUGGGUUAGACAGGGUUGGGCCGGGCCGGAGAGUCGAGAGGAGGAGCGGGGCGGGAGAGGGCGGGGGGAACUUGAAGUCUCCUCCCCGGAUUAAGUGGCCCAGCACUGGUUUGGGAGCUCGGGGAGAAGAAGCCGGGAGCGUGCGCAGGAUAGUCGGAGAAAGUUGGGCUCUCACAUUUAUUCAUUUGUUAAUUGGACGCCCUGCGCUCAGGAUGUGCGCUGAGGAUCCUCGCUGAGUUGAGAGCCCCCCACCCCCACCCUCCUCUCCUCUUCCUACUUUUCCAGUUCGUUCGCUUCCCAGCGCCUGCCGCCCGCUCCCCUGAGAAGAUGGCGAGUUGGGGAGCUGGGCACCGCCGGGGGGACGGGUCUCCCUGCGCGCUGUCUCUUCUGUUGCUACUGCUGCUUUUUCUCGGUGGUGGAGCUGGAGCGCCAGAGACCGGUGGUGAAGGUAGCGGCGACUUGGGCAGUGAGGGCGGUGGUUUCAGUCUACACCCACCCUACUUCAACCUGGCCGAGGGUGCCCGCAUCUCGGCUUCUGCGACUUGCGGCGAGGAGGCUCCGGCCGGAGCGCGGGGGCCCUCUCGGCCCACGGAGGAUCUUUACUGCAAGCUAGUUGGGGGGCCAGUAGCUGGCGGCGACCCCAACCAGACCAUCCAGGGUCAGUACUGUGACAUCUGCACAUCAGCCAACAUCAACAAGGCUCAUCCUAUCACCAAUGCAGUGGAUGGAACGGAGCGAUGGUGGCAGAGCCCUCCACUCUCCCGGGGUUUGGAGUACAGCGAAGUCAACGUCACCCUAGAUCUGGGCCAGCUUUUUCAUGUGGCUUAUGUCCUCCUCAAGUUUGCCAACUCCCCACGUCCAGACCUCUGGGUACUCGAGAGAUCCACUGACUUUGGACUCACCUACCAACCUUGGCAGUACUUUGCCUCAUCCAAGAGGGACUGCAUUGAGAAGUUUGGAUUUCAGACGCUGGAGCGGAUCAACAAGGAUGAUGAUGUCGUUUGUACCACCGAGUACUCACGAAUUGUUCCUCUGGAAAAUGGAGAGAUCGUGGUGUCUCUGGUGAAUGGGCGGCCCGGAGCCAUGAAUUUCUCCUACUCUCCACUCCUUCGGAAUUUCACCAAGGCCACCAACAUCCGCCUUCGUUUUCUACGAACCAAUACUCUCCUUGGACACCUGAUGGGGAAGGCACUACGAGAUCCCACCGUGACUCGCCGGUACUACUACAGCAUCAAGGACAUCAGCAUCGGGGGACGCUGCGUCUGCAACGGUCACGCCGAUGUCUGCAAUGCCAAAGAUCCCACAGACCCCUACAGGCUCCAGUGUGCCUGUCAGCACAACACUUGUGGGGGUGCCUGUGACCACUGCUGUCCCGGCUUCAACCAGCUGCCCUGGAAGCCAGCCACGAUGGACAACGCUAACGAGUGUCAGUCCUGUAACUGUCACGGGCAUGCGCAUGACUGUUACUAUGACCCAGAAGUGGAUCGGCACAGAGCUAGCAAGAACCAGGACAACAUCUACGAAGGUGGAGGUGUCUGUAUUGACUGUCAGCACCACACAACUGGCAUCAACUGUGAGCGCUGUAUCCCCGGCUACUAUCGCUCCCCUGACCAUCCCAUCGACUCCCCCUACGUUUGCUACCGCUGCAAUUGUGAGUCAGAGUUCACCGAUGGAACGUGUGAGGACCUGACUGGCCGUUGCUACUGCAAACCCAAUUACACAGGGGAGCUGUGCGAUGCGUGUGCCAAAGGCUUCACAGAUUUCCCCCACUGCUAUCCCGUGCCCUCAUUCUCCCACAACGACACUGGGGCCCAGGUGCUCCCCGCCGGACAGAUUGUGAACUGUGACUGCAGCGCCGCAGGGACCUUGGGAAAUGCGUGCCGGAAAGACCCUCAGGUUGGCCAGUGUGUGUGCAAACCCAACUUCCAGGGCGUCCACUGUGAGCAGUGUGCCCCAGGCCACCAUGGGCCAGGCUGCCUGCCCUGCCGAUGCUCCGGGCCUGGCCAGAAAGGCGACACUUGUGACGACGAGACGGGACAGUGUGUAUGCCGCACCGGCUUUGAGGGCCCUGCCUGUGACCGCUGUGCCCCCGGCUACUUCAGCUACCCUCUGUGCCAGCUGUGUGGCUGUAGCCCUGUAGGAACUCUGCCCGAGGGCUGUGACGAGUCCGGGAGAUGUUUGUGUCGCCCCGAGUUCGAUGGUCUGCACUGCGACAGCUGCCGUGUGGGCUACCACUCCUACCCCCACUGCCAAGUUUGUUCCUGUGACCCCCGGGGCUCCUUGGACCAGUUCUGCAGUGGGGCUGGAAUGUGUCACUGUCGGCCUGGCUAUGGUGGCUCUAUGUGCCAGGAAUGUGCCCCUGGCUAUUAUGGAUUCCCCAACUGUAUGUCGUGUCACUGCUCAGAGGCUGGGUCCUUCCACGCCACCUGUCACCCCGAGACUGGGCAGUGCAGCUGCCGGCCACGAGUGAGCGGUGUGCACUGCGAUACCUGUGUGCCUGGGACCUACGGGUUCCCCCGCUGCGAAGUUGGCUCCUGUGAUCCAGCUGGCCAGGCGUCGGGCAACUCCUCUCUCUCUCAGGGUUCCUGUGAAUGCCGGGCUCAUGUGGAGGGUCCAAAAUGUGAUAGAUGCAAGCCUCUCUAUUGGAAUCUAAGUCCAGCGAACCCCUUUGGCUGCAGAAGCUGUAGCUGUGACCCUCGAGGUACCAUCAAUGGAGUGGCUGAAUGUCAACAGGGCAAUGGACAGUGUUUCUGCAAACCCAAUGUCUGUGGUCAGAUGUGCACAGUCUGCAAGGACGGCUACUUCAGAUUGGACCAAGCAGAUUACUUCGGCUGUCAGACCUGUCAGUGUGACAUUGGGGGGGCCCUGGCCCAGGGCUGUGAGCCAAGGACGGGGGCCUGUCAAUGCCGGCCCAAUACACAAGGGCCCACAUGCAGUGAGCCUGCAAGAGACCAUUAUCUCCCAGACCUGCACCAUCUCAGGUUCGAGCUAGAGGAGGGCUCCACGCCUGAUUGGCGGCCCGUGCGUUUUGGCUAUAACCCCUUGGAGUUUGAGAAUUUCAGCUGGCGGGGCUAUGCACAGAUGACUCUUGUUCAGCCCAGAGUGGUGGUGAAACUCAAUGUGACGUCCCCUGACCUAUUCCAUCUCGUUUUCCGCUAUGUCAACCGGGGUCCCACAAAUGUGAAUGGGAAGGUUUCAGUCUUUGAGGAAGGGAAGUUUAAUGCUUGCAGCAAUUGCACCGAGCAGUCCCAUUGGGUCACCUUUGCCCCUAGCACAGAGCCCGUGUUUCUUACCGUGCCCCAGAGCAGCUAUGGGGAGCCCUUUGUCCUGAACCCCAGUAUCUGGUCCCUGGUUAUUGAGGCUGAAGGUGUCCUGCUGGACUAUGUGGUCCUGCUUCCCAGUGCAUACUAUGAAGCCCCCAUACUGCAGCUGAAGGUGACUGAGGCCUGUACCUACAACCCCAAACCUGAGCAAAAAUGGAAUAACUGCCUCUUGUACACCUACCUCCCCUUGGACGGCUUCCCUUCUGCCAGCGGGACGGAUGCCAUCUGCCGCCGCGACAAUAGUCUCCCCAAGGCCUGCCAGAUGGAACAGAUUAGUUCCUCUCACCCACCACUGGCCUCUUGCUGGGGCAACGACGUGGAUGUCCAGUUGCAAAUGGUGGUGCCCCAGCCUGGCCAGUAUGCACUUAUUGUGGAGUACGCCAAUGAGGAUGACCUUCAGGAUGUGAGUGUGACUGUGCAUACGCCCCAGUGGAUACUGCAGCAAGGGCUGCUCACGCUCUACCCCUGCCAGUACAGCUUCUUGUGCCGGGGUACUGCCUUAGAUUCCCAGAAUCGCCUCGCAGCUUUUGAACUCACUGGUGAGGCUAGCAUUCAGCUCACAGCAGAACACGCACAGUUCUUACUGUACCGCAUCUACCUGGUCCCCAUAAACAAGUUCACCACAGAGUUUGUGGAACCCAGAGUUCACUGCAUCAGCAGUCAUGGAACCUUUGGACCGAGCAGUGGUUCCUGCAUCCCUUCCCGCUUCCAGAAGCUGUCCCAGCCCAUUGUUUUAACAGAGUGCAGAGUCCUGCCUGUGCCCCCCGACUUCCCAUUGAGCCACAUGCACACGGUCACUCCUGCUGGACCCCCCACGAGCCCUCAGCCUCGCCCCCCCACAGCUGUGGACCCCGCCAGCAAUCCCACCCUCCUGCAUUCUUCCCAGAGCACCGUCGUGUUUAGCACCCACAUCCAGACGCUGGGACGUUACGCCUUCCUGCUCCACGGCUACCAACCCAACCACCCCACUUUCCCCGUGGAGGUGCUCAUCAAUGGUGGCCGGAUCUGGCAUGGCCAGGCCAAUGCCAGCUUCUGCCCCCACGCUUACGGUUGCCGCAGCCUGGUCAUGUGUGAGGGUCAGAUCAUCCUGGAUGUGACGGACAAUGAGCUGACUGUGACUGUCCGUGUGCCUGAGGGCCAGCAGCUCUGGCUGGAUUAUGUGUUAGUUGUCCCUGAGGAUGGCUAUAGCUCCAGCUACCUCCGAGAGGAGCCUCUGGACAAAUCCUAUGACUUCAUCAGUCUCUGUGCAGCCAAUGGCUUUUACAUCAGCCCCAGCUCGACUCCGUUCUGCCAGAAUGCCGCCAUCUCACUCUCCCUUUUCUACAACAAUGGGGCCCAGCCCUGCUACUGCCAUGAAGUGGGAGCCACGAGCCCUACCUGCGAGCCUUUUGGGGGCCAGUGCUCCUGCCGGGCCCACGUCAUCGGCAGGGACUGCUCCCGCUGUGCCACGGGCUACUGGGGCUUCCCUAACUGCAGACCCUGUGACUGCGGCACCCGCCUCUGUGAUGAGGUCACUGGCCAGUGCAUCUGUCCACCCCGCACCAUCCUACCAGACUGUGUGGUCUGCCAGGACCAAACCUUUGGUUGCCAUCCCCUGAUAGGCUGUGAAGACUGCAACUGUUCUCGCCCUGGCGUCGAGGAGCUCACAGAUCCUGGCUGCGACUUGGACAGCGGGCAGUGCAAGUGCAAACCCAAUAUCAUCGGCCGCCGCUGUGACGCUUGUGCUCCUGGUUUCUAUGGCUAUCCCAACUGCCGGCGGUGCCAGUGCUUUGAGGCCGGCACAGUGGCUGGAGUAUGUGACCCCAUCACUGGCCAGUGCCAUUGUAAGGACAAUGUGGAGGGCCUACGCUGUGAUCAGUGCCGCGUGGGCACCUUCUCCCUGGAUGCCACAAACCCCAAGGGCUGCACGCGCUGCUUCUGCUUUGGGGCCACCGACCGGUGCCAGAGCUCCCAGCAAGUCCGUGGAGAGCUUUUAGACAUGCAAGGCUGGGUGCUGCUGAGUGGGGAGCGGCAGGAGGUGCCAACCUCACUCCGUGCAGACAUUGGUUUGGUCCAUGCUGAUGUUCGGAAUGUCCCAGAAGCCUUUCAAGACCUUUACUGGCAGGCACCUGUCUGCUACCUGGGGGAUCGGGUGUCAUCCUACGGCGGGAGGCUGAGCUAUGAGCUGCACUCCGAGACCCAGCGUGGGGAUGUCUUUGUCCCUACAGAGAGCAGGCCAGAUGUGAUCCUGAAGGGAAACCAGAUGAGUAUCACUUUCCUAGAGAGCUCCUACCCAGCCCCUGGGGACAUUCAUCGAGGGAAGGUGGAUCUGGUGGAGGGCAAUUUCCGUCACACAGAGACUCACAACCCUGUCUCCCGGGAGGAACUAAUGAUGGUGCUGGCUGGUCUGGAGCAGCUGCAGAUCCGUGCCCUCUUCUCCCAGAUCUCCUCAGCUGUCUCUCUUCAGAGGGUCGUGCUAGAGGUGGUGACAGAUGCCCCUGGGGGAGCUCAGGCCAGCAAUGUUGAGGUCUGCAUGUGUCCUGCCAACUACCGUGGCGACUCAUGCCAGGAAUGUGCUUCUGGCUAUUACCGAGACACCAAGGGCCACUUCCUGGGCAAAUGCAUUCCAUGCCACUGCAACGGGCACUCGGACCGAUGCCUGCCAGGAUCGGGCAUCUGUGUGGGCUGCCAACACAACACUGAAGGUGACCACUGUGAACGGUGCAAGGGUGGCUUCGUGACCAACACAACCCAAGACCAAUCGUCUUCCCUUUGCGUCAGCUGUCCCUGCCCUCUUUCUGUGCCUUCCAACAACUUUGCAGUUGGAUGUGUCCAUAAAGGUGGCAUUACCCAAUGUCUCUGCCAGCCUGGGUAUGCUGGAGCUUCUUGUCAACGGUGUGCCCCCGGAUACUAUGGCAACCCCCUGGUGAUCGGCAGCUCCUGCCAACCCUGUGACUGCAGUGGCAAUGGGGACCCAAAUAUGUUAUUCAGCCACUGCGACCCCCUGACCGGGGCCUGCCUAGGCUGCAUGUACAACACGGCGGGCCCCCACUGCGAGAGCUGCGCUCCUGGCUACUAUGGCAACGCUCUGCUCCCUGGGAACUGCACCAAGUGUGACUGCUCGCCCUGUGGGACGGAGGCAUGCGAUGCUCGGAGUGGGCGCUGUCUGUGCAAAGCCGGUGUGACUGGCCCGCGCUGUGACCGCUGCCAGGACGGGUACUACGGCUUCGAUGGCUGUGGAGGCUGCCAGCCCUGUAACUGCGGUCCGGCUGCGAUGGGGCCCAGCUGCCACCCCCAGAGCGGGCAGUGCCAUUGUCGGGUCGGGGUCAGUGGAGCUCAGUGCCAGCAGUGUGCCCCUGGCUACUGGGGGUUCAGUGAACACAGCUGUACUCGCUGUCCAUGUCGAGGGGGCCACUGUGAUCCCCGCACGGGCGAAUGCACCUGCCCCCCAGGCCUGAGCGGGAAGCAGUGUGACUCCUGCAGCCACCAGCAUCAAGUGCCUGUGACCCACGGCCCCGGGGGUGUCCACUGUGAAGUGUGUGACAACUGUGUGGUGCUGCUGCUGGACGACCUGGAGAGGAUGGAACCACUCUUCCCUGCCAUCCGCCAGCAGCUCAGCAGCCUCAAUGCCAGCUCCAUGGCCUGGACCCGAUUACAUGGGAUCAACAGCUCCAUCGUCGCCCUGGCAGAUCAGCUGCGCGGCCCCGCGGGGUCUCGGGAGCCAACAAGGCAGAGACUAGACGAGCUGGAGCGUCAGAGUGGAGUUCUGGACGAAGAGACUGAAGUGCUUCACAGCAAGGUAGCAGACGCUCAAGCCCGGGCAGGUCAGCUCCAGGAGAGUUCCGGGGACAACCUGCAGCGGGCAGAGGCCCUGCUCCGGAGCAUCCAGAACAUGGAACGGGCUCUGGGAGAGCUGAUAUCUCAGAUGGACAGACUGUCCCCGUCUAAUGCCAGCGCAGCCUCUGGCGAAGAGUUCCUGCGGACGCUGGGGGAGGUGGAGCGGAUGCUGCAGGAGAUGCGGGGCAGGGAUUUCGGAGGGCCACGGGCGGUGGCCGAAGGGGAGCUGAGAGAGGCACAGAGCUUACUGAACCGAGUACAGAGUCAACUGACCAGCCGGUGGGAAGAGAGCCAGGCUUUGGCAUCAAGCAUCCGGGAGCGGUUAGCUCAGCACAAUUCACAACUUAUGGACCUCCGGGAUGCCUUGAAUGAGGCUGUCAAUAAGACUCGUCUCACUGAAGAACUCAACAGCCGGAACCAAGGGUACCUGGAGGAGAGGCUGCAAAAGAAGCAGGAGUUGGAGAGGGAAAAUUCAACACUGAGAGAUAUCCUGCGCAUGGCGGAAGAUGCUUUAGCUCAAGUCUCUGAACUUUUGCAGACCAUGGACAGGGCCAAGGAGGAAUACGAGCAUCUGGCUGCCAACUUGGAUGGUGCCCGGACCCCACUGAUAGAGAAGAUGCAGAAAUUCUCUCCUGCAAGCAGCAAGAUUCCCAUUGUGGAGAGAGCUGAGGAGCAUGCCCAAGAGCUGGACCAGCUUGCGUACAACCUCUCCAGCAUCAUUCGUGACACAAACCAGGAUCGGUUCAUUCAGCGAGCAAUUGAAGCCUCUAAUGCUUAUGCCAGCAUCCUUCAGGCUGUGGGGAAAGCAGAGGCAGCUGCUAACCAGGCCCUGCAAAAUGCAACCAGCACGUGGAGGAUGGUGAUUCACGGAGGGCUGAAUGCCCGAGCCCGGGAGCUCCGGGAGAACAGCAGCAUUCUGGAAGAAGCUGUCCGCAACCAACAGAAGAAAUUGAGUGGAGCCAUUAGAGAAACCUUGCAAGCUUCCAGGACUCAGCUGGAAGAAGCCAAAGCUAAGAAAGAUCGGCUCGUGGCCCAGCUGAAGGGUGUGCAGAGCAUGCUAGCCAUGGACAGAGAUGACACAAGUGAGAAGAUCGCCCGUGCCAAGGCAAUGGCCAUAGAAGCCAAUGACACAGCCACACAGGUGGGGGCCACACUGAGGGACAUGCAGAGAAAUCUACAUCAAUGGCAGGAUCAGUAUGGAAACCUGAGGAACCAAGACCUGGCCCAGGCCAUGGAAGAUGCUGGGAAAUCAGUAUCCAGCCUAGAGAAGACUCUGCCUCAACUGCUGGCCAAGCUAAGCCACCUAGAGAACAAGAGAGGCCAGAAUGCCAGUCUGGCCCUCUCCAACAGCAUCUUGCGUGUGCGGGAACUCAUCACCCAGGCCCGUAGUGCCGCAAGCAAGGUGAAAGUGCCCAUGAAAUUCAAUGGCCGCUCAGGAGUGCAGCUGCGCCCUCCCCGGGACUUGCAGGACUUGGCUGCAUACACAGCUCUUAAGUUCUAUAUCCAGAGCUCAGAGCCGCCUCAACAGCAAGGCCAGGAUGGCAGCAGCCAGUUUGUCCUCUACAUGGGCAGUCAUGAGGCCUCUGGGGACUACAUGGGGGUAGUCCUACGUGAACACAAGGUGCAGUGGGUUUACCGGCUUGGGGAAGCAGACCACAGGACUCUGACCAUCGACGAGGACAUCGGAGAACAGUUUGCUACUGUCAGCAUUGACAGGAUCCUUCAGUAUGGUCAUAUGUCUGUCACAAUGGAAAAGCAGACAGUACAUGAGACCAAGGGAGAUAGUGUGUACCCUGGGGACCAGGGUCUACUCAAUCUAAGACCUCAGGACUUUGUCUUCUAUGUGGGUGGCUAUCCCUCCAACUUCACGCCCCCCGUGCCUCUGCGUUACCCUGGUUACCGGGGCUGCAUUGAGAUGGACACCUUGAAUGAGGAGGUUAUGAGUCUUUACAACUUCCUGAGGACCUUCCAUCUGGAUACAGCUACAGACAAACCCUGCGCCAGGUCCAAGUCCACGGGGGACCCCUGGCUGACAGAUGGCUCCUACCUGGAUGGCACAGGCUUUGCACACAUCAGCUUUGAGAGUCAGAUGAGCAGCACCAAGCGCUUUGAGCAGGAGCUGAGACUGGUCUCCUAUACUGGCAUCAUCUUCUUCCUUCAGUACCAGGGCCAGUUCCUAUGUCUGGCUGUUCAGGAAGGCCGCCUUGUCCUCUACUAUGACUUUUACCAUGGGCUGCAGACUGCCACCCCCCAACAGGAACUGGCACCCCUUACCUCGUCCAACAAAGCGAUCCAGAUUUUCAUCAUGGGUGGGGCAGGCCGAAAGCGGGUCCUGGUCCGAGUGGAGCGAGUGUCUGUCUUCAGCCUGCAGGAGGAGAAUAUGCUGGAAAACGCUGACUCCUACUACCUGGGAGGGGUUCCUCUGGCCCAGCUUCCCUCAAGCCUACGACCCUUGUUCCCCACUGGAGGGUCGAUUCGAGGCUGUGUGAAGGGUCUCAAAGCCCUUGGCAAAUAUGUGGACCUGAAGAGACUGAAUACCACAGGCAUCAGCUCAGGCUGCACAUCUGACCUCCUGAUUACUCGAUCCAUGACCUUCCAUGGGCAUGGCUACCUUACCUUGGCCCUCAGAGAUGUGCCCCCUCUCACCGGAAACUUCUACACUGGUUUUGGCUUCCGUUCCACCCAAGACAGCGGUCUUCUCUACUAUCAUGCCUCUCCAGAGGGCAUUUUCCAGGUAUCCCUGAGACAGGGCCGGGUGACUCUCAAGUUCCGUCGGAGUGAGGUGAUGACGAGAGGUGCUUACGCAGAUGGGGCUGCACACUACGUGGCUGUCUACAGUAAUGACACAGGGGUCUGGCUGUACGUGGACGAUCAACUCCAAGGCACAGAGCGCCAAGGGGGCCGGUCUCAGCGUCAGGCUGCCACCGAAGGCCCUCCUCGCUUCCUUCUUGGGGGGCUGCCAGAGUCUGGUGCCUUCCAAAACCUGACGGGCUGUAUCAGCAACGUCUUUGUGCGGCGGGUGUCGGAGGCCCAGCAUGUAGUCGACCUGCAGCAGAACAUUCAGAACAUCAAUGUGACCACAGGUUGCACUGUCCUGGACCAACCACUCCAGCUCAGGGUAUCGCCAAGGAAGUUCCGAAGGAAACCCAAGGCUGCUCUCCACGACUUGGAUAGCCCCCCGGACGCUGCCUGCCAGAUCUCCGCCCAUCCCAAAACCAUCAGCAACGCUUACCAGCUUGGGGCUUCUCCCGGCAGCCAUCUGCAGUUUGCUCAUGUCCCAUUCUCUUUCCAGGAACGGACCCACUUCUUCAUGGAUAUCCGACUUCGCUCACCCCAGGGGCUCCUUCUGGCUGUGCCCACUGUGGAGUCAGGAAGCCCCUUCCUGGUCCUCUACCUCAGUCAUGGCCACUUUGUCCUCCAGGCAGGAGGUCAGGGAAAACCUUUUCGGAUCCGCAGCCAUGAGCGAUAUAAGCCAGGAGGCUGGCAUGCGGUCUUUAUCAGCCGAGAGCAGAAUCGAAUUCAGCUGGUGAUCGACGGGCUUCGGGCUCAGAGCAGUAAGGGGCCUCCUGGCCGCAGGAAGGCAUUGCUGGGUCAUGGACCGAUCUAUGUGGGUGGCCUCCCCUCGGGCCACAGCUGGACUCAUCUUCCAGAAGCAGCCGGCUCUGCCUUCAAAGGAUGCAUAAGGAACCUGAAGCUGAAUGGACAGCCUCUGGAGGCCCCAACACAGCUCCAAGGGGUGGUCCCAUGUUACACGGGGGCCCUGGAGAAGGGCCUGUUCUUUGCUGCAGAAGGGGGAGCUGUCGUGUUGGAUCCCCCCAGUGGGGACGGCCCAGAACUGGAGCUGAUGCUGGAGGUUCGUCCUUGGGCAGCAGCCGGACUCAUCUUUCACCUGGGAUCCGGGCAGAGGCCACCCUAUGUCAGACUUCAAGCAGAUGCAGACAAGGUGCUUAUCAGAGCCAACACCGGGGCAGGUGAAUUCUCUGUGUCAGUGGCCCGGCCUCCUCUCUGUGAUGGCCUGUGGCACCGGAUUGCAGUGAUUAAAGGAAGAAAUAUGAUCCAACUUGAUGUGGAUACUGAAGGCAACUAUACAGUGGGUCCUGCCCUAGUACCUUCCAUUAUCACCAAAGAACCUCUUUACCUGGGAGGUCUGCCAGAGACCUCAAAGGGCACAAGUCCAUCAUCUCCCCCUGGUUACCAUGGCUGUAUGAGGAACCUCGUAAUAAACCGUCACCCCAUAGACCUGACGCACACUGGUACUGUCCGAGGGUCGGUGGGUGCAAGUGGCUGCCCGGUUAUGUAAAUAAAUGGCCCAGACACAUAAGAGAUUAAAGCUGCCCUGCUUGCAUAUGGCCCCUCUCUCUGGUUAUUAAGCAUUGGCAGACACUGCGCUCCAUCAUCUUCUCAGUAUUUUUCACCCCAGUGGGGAAAUUUGGACAACUGAUUCAAGCAUUAGACACUUUACAAGUCAUCAGUGGUAAUGAAGUAAAUUGAACACAUCUUCUGUAAUUUAAGAACCCAAAGCGGGGCUACACAUUUCUGGGCCUGAGAUGGUGCUAAGGUUAAGGUGGUCCCUCAGCUGUGCUUGCUGGUUUGCCCACCACUCACAGAAUCUCAAAGCUGGAGGGGACCUCCAGAAGAAAUCUAGUCCACCACACUGAAGCAUGAACUGACUCUGCAGCAUCCCCAAGUCCACCCAUCCAGCUUUUGCUUCAAGAUUCUAGGGAUGGAGAACUCACUACCUCUCAUUCCGUUUUUGAAUAGCUCUGCUCCUUACAAAGAUUUUCCUUCCAUUAAGCCCAAAUCUCCCUGUUAGCCACCAAUCCCAAUUCUGCUCCCUUAGGCCAAAUUAAAAGAAAUCUAAUUUCUCUUCCACAUGACAACACUUCAAAUACUUGAAGAUGGUGAUCGUGUCCUUGCCCCCAGUAAGUCUUCUCCCCAUUAAACAUCUCUCAGAAUUGAUCCCCAUAAAAUUGCUUGGAGUCCAUAUAUUUAUUCCCUCCUCAAUCCUUUUAGGGUCAAAUUUAUUGAUUUUCACUGGUUGUAGUACAGCUCCAAUGACAAGACUUUUCUUUUGUCCACUUAGCUCACUUUGUGCACUUACACAUUUAUGUUUUUAUACAUAUUAUAUAUAUUUGUGUGUAUAUAUCUAGAUGUAUGGGGAUAAAUCUUAUGUCUGGAAAUGAUUUAUAAAUUAUGGUUUUUUAUAUGAUUGGGUAAAUAUUAUACAAUGGGUUAAUCUCUUAUCUUCCAAUGAACUUAGUAUGGCAUUUUUCUUUCACCCUUUUUCAGUAGAAAUGAAAGCUUUGUAAAUCACUGGUACAUACUUUUGAAAGCAAAAAUAAUAAAAAAGGAAAUGUGCUUAUUUUGAA